AUUUCCGUAUUAAUAGUCGUGCUUAUUUAUUCUAGUAGAGGAAUGGCGAACAUCUGCAAUAUAUAUGUAAAUAUUAUUUAACUGUAUUACGACUGUUAAACGGUGUUAAUGGAGAAAAACUAAAUACGUUGAAAAGAAAAGUACAAAGUAAAACGUACGUAUGUAAGGACAAAUAAAAACUCAUAGUUAAAUUGAAAUAUAAUAUUUGCAAAUAUUAAUAAAAAAUGUGCUACUUACUUGGAAAACGCAAGCCUUAAAACCAUCGUUAAAUUUCUAAGGCCUUAAAAACACUUUUUGAAUAUUAAAAGUACAAGUAAACAGAAACGCAAUAAUACAACAAAAAUGCUUAGUCUUUGUCUGCUGUUUUCGCUCUUUGUCUUCUUAUUCGUAAUAGUUUUUCGUAAGUACCGUUUGUUCAAAAUUGGUUUGCCCUUCUUUCUAUGGCAGUAAAAAAUAUAGCACCAGACAAUGUAAAAAAACAUAAAUGUACUCACUAGAGUAUUUAUUGGUUAAUAGAAAAUAAGUUUUGCACGUUUCGUAAAAAGCGUUCUGUAGUUAUCAGGUUCCAAGUCAAUGGCAUAAAUAUAUGUAAAUGGAAAAAAAUUCCGAAAAAUUGUGGGUCAACCCUAUAAUCUAAAAAUAAAGUUAUCGGAUCACAGCUGUUAUCGAAGCAUCAUAUAUCUAUUGUAAUGCUUUAAAAAUUUAAAAUUUAUAGUAAAUAAGCAAAACAAAAAUGGAUUAUUCUUUAGAGGACGGUAAAUGGAGUGAUCCGUUCGAUGAACUUUUGGACUCUAGAACGAAACUACGUAAAAUGAAUAUUGUAACACAAUCUGUUAGAGUACCCCAUAACAUUGACUCCAGUGUUGAAAAUAGCAGCUUCAUAGAAAUAAAGGAAACCAUUCAUGAAGACAAACCUUUGACUUGUGAAGAUUGCUUUAUAAAAGUGCAUUGUCCCAGUGAUUCUAUAUCAACUCCUUGCGACAAACGAUUAGGCGCAGUAUUAUUUAAUUGCGGCCUCUCUCCAAUAACUCGCUUGAAACUUGAAGGUUUUGAGGGCAGCAGUGACACUGAUACUAAAGACGCAAAUAUUAAUGUAAAUGUCGAGAAUCCAUUUCUAAACAUAAAUGCCAGCCCAAAUAUGUGUUCUAAUUUCGGGAAAAGACAGUUAAGUAAAUCAUAUAAGAUGGUUACUGUUGUGCACCCUUCUUCGAUUGUAUUAAAACCGGGAAAGUGGCGAAAAUCGCUGAACAAUUUUAUCCGAACUAAAAUAACUGAAAUAAAUUUCAACAAAAAAGUAGAACGAAGCUCAAUAUGUCAGGAUCGAAAAUCUUUAGUUUUAAAAGGCGAACACAAAUUUAAAAAUAAAUGUGAAGAAGAAGUUCUGAAAUAUUGCGAUCAGUCUAUACCACUUCCGUUUAAUGAUGCAUAUGAACAAAAUAAAUUGUUGAAUUCUAUUAAAAUAGGUGAAGGGGCUUAUGGAGAAGUAUUUCUUUGUUCAAAAAAUCAAAACAGAUUAGAAAAACACAUCUCCAAUAUAGUUUUAAAGAUUAUACCUUUAGAGGGUUCUACUGAAAUUAAUGGAGAAAAGCAAAAAUCAUUCAGUCAAAUUUUACCAGAAAUAAUUAUUACUACAAAAAUGAGCAGCCUUCAAACAAACAAAAUUAAUUCUACGGAUGGAUUUGUAAGCAUACACAAGGUAAUCUUUGUAGUGUUUUAAGCUUACUUUCAUAAAAAUAUGUUUAACUAGAAAUAUCACAUUGUUUUAAAAAAAAACUAUAUUUAUUUAUACAGUGCAAGGGCUUUGGGUUGCAUAUAAAUUGAUAUAUCUUAUGAGUAUUUGAUUUCUAACAUUUACUGAGUCUAAAAACAUUCUAUAAUUACCGAUGUAUUUCAGUAUUUGUAUAUUGAAUAUAGAUUUUAUAUCUUUUAAAUUAUUAUAAUUUUAGCAUUUUUGAGCAACUAUAGGAAAUUUGUGAUCGCAGGUUAUAAAAGAUUAUGCAUUCGUUUGCAUUGUGUUUAAUAGGUGUACAUAUCUGAGUUAUUGCAAAAUUGGAAUUGCUUCGAUGGUGCUUGCCAGAAUUUGUUCGGUUGGAUCAAUCUCAUGAGAUUUGUUCGCUCGAUUUGCAAGAGAGAACGCUAUGGACGAGUUUCUUUAAUAUCAGAUACCCGUUACUCACCUAGUGAGAGUGCGAACGAGAAAGCUCAAUCUUUUUGGCAUGUUUAUAAUAAGAAAAAUAAGUUCAAGGGGCACUUGCAAAAAACAUGGUUCGGUUCUUUUGUAAUACUGGGUGCGUGUCUUAACUCCGGCCUUUUUAAAACGAAGGCUGUCCACAGACUUCUUCUUGGGUUUAUAGUCAGUUAAUAUCCCAUUUCCAGUUCCAAAUGUUUUCCAAAUGGCAAAGCCCUUACAUACCGGACAACCAAGGUACUGGCCUACUGACCCCGUUAGAAUUCCUGAUCUCUUGGACCUUGGCGUAAGCAAAGGUAUUGACCCUACCAAAAUAUCCACAUCUGCCUGCUACGACCUGUGUUCGGAUCAUAGCAUUGUCAAGAUCCUCUUAAAAAGUUCGUACAUAAGGACCUCACCCGCAGUGAAGCUUAUAAGGCGCAACACAAAGAUCAGCAAUUACCAAAGCUGCCUAAAUUGCCUAAAGUCAGUUGCAGCGGCUGCUGCAACUGUGGAAUGAGGCAUCAUACGCUGCUCCAUCUAGAUGGUCCGCCUUCCUCGCAGCCAGAUGUUCCGAUGUGUUCAAGUUCCCACACUGAGCCUUCCGCCCCACUCGAGGUUGUCUGGCUCCAUCACUGGAAUCGUGGAUUCCAAUUUCGCGAUUGAUGGAUUCUCGGUAGGAAUUGCGAUGCGGUCUGUCACUUUAAAUAUCUCAACGGGCAUAACAGCAGUUAUCGCUCCCAAUAUCACGGAACGCCGGCCAAGCUUUAAUGUGGACAUUGGGGACUGGAUGAUUCCAAAAAAAGUGCAGCUCGCCGAGCCGGAAUUUAUAAAGCUCAUCGUGUUGCCCUGUUAAUAGGAGCUAGCCUGUUUUAUGAGUUCCUCUGCGUAGGUCAGAUAAAGUUGUUGCCAGGACUGCCACUGCUUAAAAAAACUCGUCUGGGCUUGGUUAUGUCUGAAAGCUGCGCGCGCCCGUGCGGUAGCGCCUUAAUAGCGUCACGAGUUCCUUCUCUAGUCAGCGAGGAAAACAUGGUGUUGGACCUGAUUCGCUUCUGCAGCGCUUUUAGGAGGUAGAAACUUGUCCCGGCCUUAUAGUUGAAGUCACGAAGUCGUCACUCUGGGACCCGCCUAUCUUAUGGAGCCUGAAUGAGAUUGGCCACCAGCUGUUUGUCCUAAGAAACCGGUGCUUGAACAUCGUCGAAGUGUGUUCAUCGUAAAGUCGCCGUACGUAAAUGUAAGUGCAAGAUUCAAAUUUGCAAAUUCAUACCCCUCAAUGCAACGAGCGUUUGCAUACAUUUACAAAUUUUGUAAUGGGAUUCGUCAUCCUGGGCUCACCGUCGCACACAUUCAAGAGGGUACUCAGAUGAUGCUGCGUUUGAUGCAGCGCGCGCAGUUAUGGCAGGACAUGCAGUCCCUAAAAACGCUAGGAAGAGUUUCCUUGUCUAGUCCCAUAUCAUCGCGUUCGCCGUUCCUGGACGAAUUUGGACUUCUUAGAGUAGGCGGUCGCCUCCGGAAUUCGUCAUUGGACUUUGAUGGCCGCCAUCCGAAAAUCCUUCCAAGGUCCCAUUCUUGGCUGUCUAUCCCGCCAAUUGUUACUUCAUCGUUUUUCGGCAAAGACUUAACUUGUGCAUUCGUUAUAGCUCUUGGUCGGCCCUAGCUGCCAGUAUAAUUAACAAAAUAAACUGUAUCUGAAAAAAGACAAAACUUUCUUCAGCUACUUAUUUCUCGCAACAGUUAAGUGUUGAAAAAGCUUAAUAGCUAAACAGUAUCAAUAGACGUUUUGGUUUAUUUUUCUCCUAGUUAAGGAAAGGCAAGAAUCUGCAAGACACGGAUAAAAUAUAACAGUAUUAGAAAUAAUGAAUAGCUAACAACCAUUAUAAAACUUAAAAUACAAAUUUGCUACUUACAUAAUCAUGAUUAAAUAUUUGUAAAUGUUAUUGAUAAUUAUUUGAAUUAAUAAUUAUACUUAAUUGCAAAAUACAAACCCGAAUCUGAAAGCCGUCACUAUUUGACGCCCUUGAAGAUCAUAAAUUAAAACUGCAAGUGAUCAAAAACAAUAAAACAAAAACAAGAGAGAACGCUAUAGUCGAGUUCCCCGACUAUCUGAUACCCGUUACUCAACUAGUAGAAGUGCGAAGAAGGGUCUUCAAC